GUAUUCCUUCCUCCUGCACCUCUCCUUGCCGGAGCUCAUGUGUCUGGUCUCCAGUCAUAUCGUGAGAAAUAUCGUUCCUCCAUCAAUGACUCUGACGCUUUUUGGAAAAGCGUUGCUGAGGAGCUCCACUUCGCUGAAGGUUCUUCAAAGGGACUGGAGUGGAACUUUGAUGCCAAAAAGGGCGAUAUUUUCUGCCGAUUCAUGGAUGGCGCGAAGACAAAUAUCUCCUACAACUGCCUUGAGCGGAAUAUAAAGCGUGGAUUAGGCGAUAAAGUCGCCUAUAUUUGGGAAGGAAAUGAACCCCUCGACAACUUCAAAAUAACCUAUAGUGAACUCCAUGCCCAGGUUGUGAAUUUCUCGGCUGUUUUACGUGCUCAUGGUGUCCGGAAGGGAGAUGUUGUGGCCCUGUACCUCCCCAUGAUCACGGAAUUAGCUGUAGCCAUGUUGGCGUGCACUAGAAUUGGAGCCAUGCAUUCAGUAGUUUUUGCCGGAUUUUCCGCUCCAGCCCUGGGAUCUCGAAUAAUUGAUGCGAACUGUCGGGUUCUUGUCACUGCUGACGGGUUCUUCCGCGGAACAAAACACGUGAAUCUCAAGCAAAUUGCCGACGAAGCCGUCAAGAUAGCCGUCGAAGGCGGAGUAGAUGUGAACUCAGGUCAUUGUCGUCUCUCAUCAGAAACGGGUCACCGUCCCGAAGACAUGUACAGCAGCCCUGGCGAUGCGCCCAUGAAUCGCAUCGAUUUCGAUUACACGGUUGAAAUGGCCAAAUACAAAGGGGUCGACUCUCCUGUGGAAUGGAUGGACGCCGAAAGCCCGCUCUUCCUGUUGUACACUUCCGGUUCGACGGGAAAACCCAAAGGAAUUCAACACUCCACGGCUGGUUAUAUGGUAUACGCCUAUUUCACUACGAAAAUCACCUUUGAUGCACAUUCCGAUCGGGAUGUCUAUUGGUGCACUGCCGAUUGUGGCUGGAUCACCGGACAUACGUACCUAUUAUACGGCCCGUUGAUGAAUGGCUUGACUGGAGUGUGGUUCGAAGGGGUACCCAGUCAUCCGGGUCCUGACAGGCUCUGGGAGGUUACCGACAAGUACAAGGUCAACAAGCUGUAUACAUCACCUACCGCUAUCAGAGCCCUCAUGGCAAUGGGAGAUGAACCCGUGAAAAAACAUUCGCGUGCUUCGUUGGAAAUUCUUGGUACCGUCGGGGAACCGAUAAAUCCAGCGGCGUGGAAAUGGCUAUAUAACGUUGUUGGUGAUGGCAGAUGUGCCAUUGUGGAUACUUUCUGGCAAACUGAAACGUCCAAUUUCGUGUCGGAAGAGUCUUUUGGUUCUGCUCAGCACCAGCUUGUUGGAGGAAAAUUCUUCAAGUCGUUUUUCAAAAAACGUCUUCACUUCCAGGGCGGACAUAUGAUCACGCCAGUGCCGGGUGCUACUCCAAUGAAACCUGGAUCGGCAACAUAUCCAUUCUUUGGAGUGAAUCCUGUACUCCUUGAUGGUGAAGGUCGUGUGAUCGAAGGGCCAGGUGAAGGAAAUCUCUGCUUCGAUCGUGCUUGGCCAGGAAUGCUGCGUACCGUUUACGGUGAUUACGAGAGAUUCGUGAAAACGUAUUUCGCACCAUUCAAUGGGUACUAUUUCACCGGUGACGGUGCACGUCGUGACGAGGAUGGUUAUCUGUGGAUAACAGGUCGCGUUGAUGACUUAAUGAAUGUCUCUGGUCAUCUGUUAUCGACGGCUGAAAUCGAAAGCGCGCUUGUGGCGCACGACAAGGUUGCGGAAGCUGCCGUUGUGGCUGCUCCUCACGACAUCAAAGGCUCGUUCCCUUACGCCUUUGUGACUCUGAACAACGGAGAAAAGAUGAAUGCAGCACUUGCGCAGGAGCUUAAGAACAUGGUUCGUGUGAAAAUUGGGGCCAUUGCUGUUCCGGAAGUGAUCCAAUCGGCUCCCGGUCUGCCAAAAACCCGUUCCGGAAAGGUGACUCGUCGUAUCCUACGCAAAAUUGCCGAAGGAUCCGAGUCCGGGAUGGGAGACAUCACCACUCUAGUCGAUGAAGAAGUGAUCAAACAUCUUAUUGCUGGUCGUGUCCAUGGCUAA